GCUGACUGACGACGACCCCUCUGCAGCACUCCAUUAUUAAACACACCGGAGGCGGCGCGACCGCCUCGUACGCUUCUGCUUCAGUGCUUCCGGCAGCAAAGCGAAACUAGCGCUGCUAAACCUCGGGCCAUCCCCCCGCGAGCGCGACACACCCAAAGGCCAGCAGGCUCCGUCCCGUUCCCGUUCCGUGUCCCGAUCGCUCCGCUGCGCUCCCCACGAUGGCGUCGCACAUCAUCCUGCCGCCGGACGACGCCGACGAGAACCACAACCACCAGGCCGAGGAGGAGGAGCGGGAGGAGCUGGGGCGCGACGAAGACGCCGACGACGAGGAGCACGGGCACGGGCACCCCCCGGCGCUGCCACCCAAGGCGGCGCUGCCGUUCUCGGCCACGUGCGUGCGGAUCUCCCGCGACUCGUACCCGAACCUCCGCGCGCUCCGCAACGCCUCCUCUGUCAGCCUCGCCGACGCCGCCUACGUCAAGAUCUCCGAGGGCGACUACGGGUACGUCCUCGACGACGUCCCGCACUUCACCGACUACCUCCCCGACAUCCCGACUUACCCUAAUCCACUACAAGAUCAUCCAGCCUAUUCAACUGUCAAGCAGUAUUUUGUCAAUGAAGAUGACACUGUACCUCAAAAGGUUGUUGUUCAGAAGAACAGUCGGCGUGGUGUUCACUUCCGUCGUGCUGGGCCUCGUCAGAGGAUUUAUUUUGGCACCGAUGAAGUGAAGGCCUGCAUUGUAACUUGUGGAGGCCUGUGCCCUGGGCUUAACACUGUUAUCAGGGAACUGGUGUGUGGCUUGUCACACAUGUACAAUGUCAGCAGCAUUUUUGGAAUACAGAAUGGAUACAAGGGUUUCUAUUCUAGCAACUACCUUCCCCUGACACCAAAGAGCGUCAAUGACAUCCACAAAAGGGGUGGUACAGUUCUAGGAACAUCACGAGGUGGCCAUGAUACAAAAAAGAUUGUUGAUAACAUUCAAGAUCGUGGAAUCAAUCAGGUGUAUAUCAUCGGAGGAGAUGGAACUCAGAAGGGAGCAUAUGAGAUCUUCAAGGAAAUCCGGAAACGUGGCCUCAAAGUUUCUGUCGCUGGAGUUCCAAAGACAAUAGAUAAUGACAUUGCGAUCAUCGACAAGUCCUUUGGUUUUGAUACGGCUGUGGAAGAGGCCCAGCGCGCCAUUGAUUCAGCUCACGUGGAAGCUUGCAGUGCUGAGAAUGGAAUAGGUUUAGUAAAACUGAUGGGUCGUUAUAGUGGGUUCAUUGCGAUGUACGCUACUCUUGCUAGUCGAGAUGUGGACUGCUGUUUGAUUCCAGAGUCUCCAUUUUAUCUGGACGGAGAGGGUGGAUUGCUUCAAUAUGUAGAAAAGAGGCUGAAAGAGAACAAGCACAUGGUUAUUGUUGUUGCUGAGGGAGCAGGGCAGGAUCUUAUUGCGAAAAGCAUAGCCACAUCAGAUCAACAAGAUGCAUCUGGAAAUAAGCUGCUUCUUGAUAUUGGUCUGUGGCUGACUCACAAGAUAAAGGACUACUUCAAAAGCAAAAAGAUGGAGAUGACGAUUAAAUACAUAGAUCCUACAUACAUGAUCCGUGCUAUUCCAAGCAAUGCAUCAGACAAUGUCUACUGCACACUUCUAGCUCACAGUGCUAUCCAUGGCGCAAUGGCGGGGUAUAGCUUCACUGUUGGAAUGGUCAACGGAAGACAUACCUAUAUACCUUUCUAUCGGGUGACAUCCACAAGGAACAAGGUUAAAGUCACUGACAGGAUGUGGGCAAGGCUUCUGUCGUCCACCAACCAGCCAAGUUUCCUGAGUCAGAAGGAUAUCGAUGAAGCGAGUGAGGCGGAUAGGCUGGCAAACAGGCCACCACUGCCAACGGGUGCCAGCUCUCGCGUGGCGAGGUCUUUCGAUCAAUCUUCGUCGUGUUCUUCAAAUGGAGAGAUCUAGUGAUUGCUGGUGCACCACAACUGUGUACAGAAACUACUACAAUGGUUCUGAGCUCAGGUGCCUGGGCAGCUUGGCGACGCAAUGAGUUUUGCUCUUGUUAGUUGUUAUGCAUAUGCCUUGCGUAUAGGGGCCACACGGAUAUGACCCUGUUAGCACGUGUAAUAAAGAAACGCCAUUGAUGAAGCUACUUCCUGGAGGCUCCAUCUAUCAUGUAUUUGCUGCAGAAUAUGAGUUAUUAUGCAAUCGGCAGAUGAUCUAUAUGAUCUUCACCUAUCUGUAA